GUGUGUCCUGUUGCCGAGCAACAGCAUCGAAGGCCGACAUGUCACACCACAUUAUGAUGUCACAGCACAUCAGGACGUCAGUUCAUACGUCAUAUUAGUCGUUCUGAAAUGUAUAAAUCUGUCAUCUUUCUUCAGACAAUCACAGUGAUUCCAAGAGCUUCCCAGAGCACAACUGAGCAUUUUUCUCAAGCACUGAGGACUAAAACACUUGAACACUAGUUAACUACAAUGGACCAACGCACUGAAAGAGGCAGCAGAAGGAUGUUCAGCGCUGCAUGCAGAGCUGCAUUCCACUCUGUGCAGGGCACCACCACCACCACUCAGCAACAGAGAACUUUACCAGUUCCAUCUCGGACUGCUAACCAGUCACAGAAAGAUGAAACUGAAAAACUGAAGGAAAAGAUAAAACAGCUGCAAGAGAGGAACAUGAAGUUGCAGCAAGACCAACUCCUGUAUGAGAGAGAAAUCUCAAGAUUCCAGAGGAACAACCAGAGUCUUUCCUCUAAACUCAGGACCACCCAACAGGAGCUGCAGACCCAGACAGAUCAGGUAACAGCCCUGGAGAAAAGGGCAUGUCUGCAGAAACUCUCCAGACACAUAGAGCUCCAAGCACGUCUGGACCAAGCCAGAAAAGAGGCACAAGAGCAGCAACAGCUACUUCAGCUGGAGCUCAGAAACCUUCAGGUGGAUCAUCAGACACUCCUGUCAGAAAAGGAGGACCUUCUGAAGGAGAAUCAACGGCUGCACCAGAUCCUGGAGGAGAAGGAGGACCUCUUGCUGGAAAGAGAUGUGCUGCUCAAGACCAAAGACGGACUGGACAAAAAGGUCGGACUGCUCAUGGCUGAUAAAGUUCAGGCAGAAGCUGCACUGGAGACUGAAAGAAACAACAAUGCCAAGUCUAGCCAGCUGCAGCAAGAGGAAAUUCAUCGACUGCAGGACAGUAACAAAGACAUGGAGACAAGAAAUAAAUGUCUUCAGGAGAGUAACAGAGAAUUGGAAGAAAAAAACGAAUGCCUCGAACAUACCAACGAAGAAAUGCAGGAAGCGUACGGACGUCUCCUCAAGUCCUACAACGAAAUCGAGGAAUCAAACCAACACCUUCAGGAGAGUAGUAAAGACAUGGAGGCAACACACAAAAGUCUCCAAGAGGCUAUCAAAAAAUUAGAAAAAACAAACAAAGACCUCCAGGAGCAAAGUAAUGAAACAGAGAUAAGAAACCAAAACCUCCAAGAGUCUGCCAAAGAAAUGGAGGCAAAGCACAAACUCCUCCAGGAGAAGAUUGAUAAGAUGGAGGCCUUCAGUACUGAACUCCAGCAGCAGAAGGAAAAAGCAGAUACCAGCAAAAAGACACUGGAGGAGAAGUAUAAUAAUCUGCUGGAGGAAAAAAAGACAAUGGAGGAAGAGAGAAAAAUCCUAGAGGAGGAAAAUCAGAAGCUUCAACUUCUGAGUCAAAAGACUAAAAAAAGAGGUUUCUUUAGUUUGUUCCGGAGGAAGACAGAGGAGGAGAAAAUGCAAAAGAAAGAAAAGAAAAUUAAGAAACUGAAAGAAAAAGAGGAGAAGAAAGAGCUGAAAAGGAUGGAAAAGGAACAAAAGAAGGAGGAGAAAGAAGAGAAUUGGAAGAAGAAAGGCGCCUCUAGCUGGUUCCACUAACCAAGUGUACAAAAAUCACAAGCAUUAGGCUAUUUGGAUCUCUAAUUUGGCCCCAAAUUGAAAAGAAAAGAAAAAAAAAUAUUCAAAUUCAAAUAAAUCAAAUCAAAUAAACCAAAGUAAAUAUAUAUCUGCAUGUGUGUACUUCUCUAAAUCCUCUACAGCUGCAACACAUUCUGACUGCUGGAUGUUGCUUUUGUUGUACGAACACUUAUGUUUUUGAUUUUAACAGGAUUAAAGGUUUCUGCAGGUUACAAUAGCUUGAUACUUUAUUGAUCCUUUAGCAGGAAGUGAUGUUGUUAUAACAGCUACAGUUACAUUAUAACCACACAUCACAUGCUGAACAUAAAACAUUUGAGCACAGAAUCUAUUUGCAGAGGCGCUAAAUAUACUGAAAACUCUGAAGA